ACCGUGCGAGUAGUACGCUAAGCCUGAUAAUUCAUCGAAUUACCGCCAUCGAUGCUACGAGAAAUACAUAAUUAAGCGUUAAUUAGUAAAAUUGUACAGAGAUUGAUCAGAUCAAAUGAAAUAUAAUGGAAUUAUAGAUAGGUAGAGGCAUUUGAAUGCAACAGAUUUGGUGUUUCGUGAAAAGAUCUUUAAAAUGAGUACCACUGUUCAUGUGAAUAACCCUACCCUACAGAUCGCGACAAUGGUAGGGCACCGAUAUUGGCGACAACGACGUGUCAGGACGAAUUUUGUAACGAUUGAGCUUUUAAAGCGUCGCGUGCUCACGUUUCAAGCAUGAAUUUACGUAUUGUAAUCUCCGAUCCAUCUAAGAAAACAUACACACGUUCAUAAGAUGUGAUCGUGUGAUAUUCCACAGGUUGCGCGAUAAUCAAUAGAUCGAUGCUUUAUUUCAUUUACACGAAACCUUUAUUAUAUUAGACGUCUGAAAGUGUAAGGCAAAUUAACGCAAAAUUUGAAAGAUGGAUACGAACCUACUGAUCAUAAGUCUGGCAUUAUCGACUGUGAGUUUGUCGCACGCAGAAGACACGGAUCCGGGGAACAUUGUUUUCGCCAAUAUUCUAUAUAGACACGGAGACAGGACACCCAUAAGACCUUACACAAACGACCCUUACAACAAUGAAAGUGUUUGGCCGGUACCAUAUGGUCAGUUAACAAAUCUUGGGAAACAUCAACAUUUAUUGCUUGGUCGUUGGCUCCGCAAACGUUAUUCGCAACUUCUAAGCAACUUUUAUUCUCCGUACGAUAUCUAUGUUCAAAGUACAGAUGUAGAUCGUACUUUAAUGUCAGCAGAAUCGCAUCUUGCUGGUCUAUAUCCGCCGAGUGGUAAUCAAAUAUGGGACAAUAUUAGAUGGAUGCCUAUUCCAGUGCAUACUAUUCCCGAAGAUAAAGACUAUGUAUUGGCUGCUAAAAAGUACUGCCCCAAAUACGAUUUAGAACUGGAAAAAGUUAUGAAUUCUGCUGAAAUGAAACGCAUAGACGAAGAAAAUGAAAAGAUAUACGCUUAUUUAACAGAAAAAACAGGAAAUAAAAUUUCAUCCCUUAGAACUGUGGAACAAAUUUAUAAUGUUUUAUUUAUAGAGAGUAUUUACAACAAAACGCUACCAGAAUGGACAAAGUCAGUAUUUCCUGAUAAACUUAAACCGAUCGCAGCAAAAAGUUUUACAAUUAACGCUUACAAUAAAAUACUUCAAAGAUUAAAGUCAGGAUCAUUACUGGGAGAGAUGAUAGAUCAUAUGGAGAAGAAGUCAAAAAAUUCACUUAUUCCGGACAGAAAAGUAUGGAUGUAUAGUGCCCACGAUGAAACUGUAGCUAAUAUGUUGAUGACUUUGAAUUUAUUCGAUCCACACUGUCCACCGUACACUGCUAUGAUUCUUAUAGAAUUAAGAAUAAACUCGAAAGAUCAGUAUUUUGUAACAGUUUCCUAUAAAAAUUCUAGCAACGAACCAACUCUUCUAACACUACCUGGUUGUAUCGCGAUGUGUCCAUUAAACCAAUUUAUUGCAUUAACUAAAGAUAUUGUACCCUUGAAUUGGGAAAAAGAAUGUGCAGUAGAACCGGAGAAAGUUGAAUAUAAUAUUAACACAACUGCAGUUAUUGCCUCCCUAACGUCUUCUAUACUAAUGUUAGUUUUACUAAUUUUAUCUAUAAUUGGCUUUAUUUAUGGGCAUUAUAAACGAGAACAUAAUCAGUAUUACCUUCGAUUAACAACGGAUCCUAUAUAAUAAGAGAGAUAGUAUUGUUCAAACAAAAAAACCUAUUCUAUAAUCAAUAUCUUCAUAAUCGCGUGAUUAGGAAUGCCAGGAUAAAAAUGAUGAAAAACUUCCAUCUGCUAUUGCAUACAUCAUGAAGUAAAACGUUGACACGACAAACAGAAACAGAAAGGGCACACUUUGCAUUCAACAUUUUGAAAAACAUGAAACACUUGUACUUUUCUAGCAGCGAUCAACUAUUUUAAUUAACAAGAACGUAAGCAAAUUAAACGCUGACGGUUAAUAAGA